UUUUCGUAGGUUUCCCUCAGAACUGCAAGACGCCAAUAUUGCGUUACAUUGUAGCAAAAUGGCGGCUGUCAUUCAGAAUCCACUAAAAGCGUUGGGCGAUCAGUUCUACAAGGAGGCCAUUGAGCAGUGCCGCAGCUACAAUGCCCGCCUGUGUGCCGAGCGCAGCGUUCGCCUGCCAUUCCUGGACUCACAGACCGGCGUGGCCCAGAACAACUGCUACAUCUGGAUGGAACGCCACCACCGCAGCCCUGGGGUGGCAGCCGGGCAGAUGUACACGUAUCCCGCCCGCUGCUGGAGAAAGAAGAGGCGGCUGCACACGGCCACAGAUCCCCGACUCGGCCUCUACGGUCUCCAGCUCGAUGGCAGCCUCAUGUCUAAGGACACCCUGCCCACCCAGAGCACCACGCUGGAGGCCCUGCUACGAGGAGAGGGCUUGGACAAGAGGAAUAACUCCAAGAACGACGAGGAGAGCCUGCUGGAGAUCCAGCGAGUUUUAGAAGCAGAUGCAGCAGAGGAUGCCUUCAACGACGAUGAUGACUACGAGGUGGACACUCCCAAGAGGAGACACCGGGGCAAAGGAAGAGGUCGAGGUUCAGGCCGCAGGAGGGCAGACCUGGACGACCACGACAAGCCAUACGUCUGUGACAACAGAUACAAACAAAAGCAUAACUCAAAAUCUUCGACCUCAGUCUGUGGGAAGCGAUACAGGAACCGCACAGGGUUAAGCUACCACUACACCCAUUCCCACCUGGCAGAGGAGGACAGAGCCGGGGAGAGAGGCUCCGUGUCUUCCAGAUCACCCUCUGCACAACGAUCCGACAGACACAAACGUCCGAAGGGUCCUGGUGUGACUGGCAUUCCCAAUAACUACUGUAAUAAAUGCCAGGGCUCCAACAAGAAAACGGGUAAAUCUGGGUCUCCCUGCUCAGCCUGCCAAUGCACAACCGACUGCGUAGAGGAGAAGGAAGACGGGACUUUCACUGGGGCGGAGGAGCUGUUCGGCACGACCUCGGAGAGCGACACUUCCACCUUUCACGGCUUUGAGGACGACGAGCUGGAGGAGCCCGCCACAAACAGCAACGGAAUAUCCAACCGACACAGAUAGAGAAAACCUUUUAGAUUUAAAGAGACAUUUUUUUUAAUAUGGAUUAACCUCUGGCAAAAAUCUGCUGCUUCUUUUUCGAUGUUUUUUUUUUUUGUUUUGUUUUGUUUUGUUUUGUUUGUUUUGUUUGUUUGCAGAAAGCACAAAGUGAUGAUUUCAGGACAGAAAUGCAAGUGUUAUUUUAUCUACUGAACAUUGUUGAAUAAUUUAUGAACACCUUUUUUUAUAUAUUAACUGUAAUGGCAACGAGCAACUGUCAGUGUUUCAUGACAAGUGACUUGGUCUCCAUGCAAACCAGAAGACAUGAUUUUUGGCAAGUAGUUUUUGUUUUUUUUUUUUCUUUUUUUCUUUUCCCCACUGGAGCAGAAGGAGCAAAUAUGCUAUGAACAAAAACAAAACAAAACAAAAAAACAAACAAACAAACAAACAAAAAAACACUGGAAUACAUCUAAUUCUGUUUCUCAAUUCUGGAUGAUUCGCCAGAGAAAAUGGAGAUAACAGCGUAUCUUGAAAUUGAAAAGCAUGAAUGAUGAGUUUGGAAGAUGAUUGAAUGUCAUUACAGACCCAUACUUCAGCUACUGGAUGUUUCUGAAUCAGUAGUCAAUGUGACUAUGAAGGUCUCCUCUUCUGCUCUUGCUCUGGAUUAUACUUGUAUCAAAAUGAAGGAACCAAUGAAAGGACUGCCACUGGCCACCGAAAACUUACUUGGAGAUGAAGAAGCCAAUAUAGUUCUUAAAUGGGACACUGGUUAGAUGAAAGGAGCACCCAGCACUAUGGCAUGUGGCCCCAAGGGUGGAGGUGGCCAGUGAAGAGCAGGGUUUAACCCUCAAAACUGAUGAGCCUUCAUGCCGCCCCUCCCUCCCCCCCUCCUGAACAGGGCCCAAAAUAACUGACUGAAUUGGAUGGACAGCCUUCCAGCACCUUCACGGGCCCUGUGGCUUAAUUGAAGCAACUGCCCCUUUGAGAAUAUGUAUUGAUCACAUCUGAACAUUUGAAAUGUGAGUAGAUCCAGCUUCAUUUCAUCCUUCCUGCACUGUGCUGGAGCUCCACUGAACUGUGGGAACACUAAAGGCCAGGCCUUUGGACUGUUUGUGCCCAACGGGUGCAUUUGGGCCCUGUGGCCCAGCCUGCCCACUCUUGCUCUGUGACUGUGUGUCUGCUGUGUGAUCUAAUGUGACACUAAGACGUCAUUAUCCUCAUCACUGUGCCAGCCUGCCGCCCUGCACUGGAGACCAGCUCUGACAGCCAUGACCCUCCAACCUGAUUGGACCAGUGACCCCUGACCCCGGCCAUAGAGAUGGUGCUCAACUCCACCACUAAUACAUGCAGACCUCUGGAUCACUGUAUUAAUAGUCUGACAUGGAGUCUAAAGUUUUAUCUUUCCUCUUCUCUUCCUCUCUCUUUUGCUCUCUAUUUCCCUGGCCUCGCUGAUCUCAUUAUGACUUGAAUGGGUCACAGUAAUUUAGCUAAUUUUUGCAUCUUUUCUCUGUUGUAUGAUAUUUCUCUGUUUUUGAACCGUUGAAAGACUGGGUUAGAUAUUUGUAUGAUUCUGACUUCCUGGGUUCGUUCAGACUGUAUUGAUACCUCUGUCCUGAUCAGGUGCACAAUAGCCACAGCUACUCAGGCAUCUUUCAUUUACUCUGCUGUUGAUUGUUCAGCCACUCAGCCCUGAUUCAUGUGAUUGUAUUCAAUUGGCAAGGAGAGACAAUAACGCCUCACAAGGAUUCCAUUAUAACCAACUCUCAAGAGUGAAUUGGGAAGCUGUAGUUACAUUGCCACAGUAACCAGCAUCUCAUGCUGUAAGAAAACAUUGCAAUAACAAGCUUCUACUCCGCCUGCUCUCUAGUGAUUUAUCUGGCGUUACACUUUUCAUUCAGACCCUCCUCACUUUCUUAUGAAAUUGUAAUUUUACUCUCAGUAGAUUGUGACUGAAUAAUAAGAUUCAUCUCAGAAGCAUUUUACAUCUAUAUUAUUGCUUAGCAGGACAUCAUUUUGCUCAGAGCCUCACAAUUGGAGAGAAAUGAAAUCUGUAAAUCCAAUUUAAGUUAUCUGUGACAUUUCAAUUGAGUGCUUUAGAGGGCCUAAUUGCUUUCUGACAUUUAGAAGGUGCUCCAUGUAUCGUAUCAAAAAGCCUUUUAGGUCAAUAGGUUGCACAUAACGUAAGAGGUCGUUGUCCUUCAAUGUGAUUAUUCAGUAUAGUUGCAAUAUAAUAGUUGCUUCAUUUUUGAAGUCAACCCCUAAUCCUGUGGGGAAGAGGAGAGAGCUGUACUUGCAUCAUUAUAUAUGUCUAAGAUGACUUGCACAAGUGCUUGUCCAUACAUACCAUCUUUCUUCAGUACUCAGUUCCCUCAGGGACCCUCCCCGCAACAGCUUGUCCUCCUGACAAAGAAUGGAUCUGAGACUAGUCGGUUAUCUUGUCUUCUCUGUAUCAAUUACGUGGUGUUUCCACAGUAAUGUGGUUCAUUCAUGUCUUUAUCUUCCAAAGUCAUGUCAAUAAGUGAAAGCAUGUGUCAUCAAUCAUAGUCUUCUAACCGUUACCUUUAUAUGAACAGGUCUAGUCUGGUGCAGUUCUGAACAAAAUAAAAGCUCCUAAUGCAAAGUCAGUGAUGUCUGCUUAGAAAUAAGUGUCACCAAUCAUGUAAUAGCCUGUAUACCUCGUCAAAGACACAGCAAUAGGCCCUGGUACUCUCUGUCGAGCCUGUCGGGGGAUAGAGAGGGAGAAUCGGGGUGGGAACGGAGCCAAGAGGAGAUGAAAUGGACAUGACUGGGCGUUUGUUUCAUCUUCAGCUGUAAAUAGAAGUCCAAAUGGAAAGAAUGAAGUCUUUGUUUGUUAAACUAUUUUUAUUGUUCUGAAAAAAAAAAUAAAGAAUGAAUCUUUGCCCUGGUAA